ACUUUCGCGAGGUGAAAUGUACACCCUGUUACUGUUAGUGGUCGGUUGUUAUGGGCGAGGUGUUGAGUAUCCGUGAAGAUCGCCGAAAGAGUGGAAAUUAAACGGGAAAGAUUUGUAACGUUGUAAAAUGCGCGAGUGACACGCAAAGCUUGUUUUCAAGUUGUCGGAUUAGAUCCCGCGUGUGUGCGAAACGUCAUGCUGAGUUCGCUGGCACGGGGGUGCGGGUCGUGGACGGCCGAUUUCGAUCUGUAUUCGGAAAAGGAACAAACGAUUGACUAUUUACCUGUUCUUGGAUACCCAGAACAUCAUCGUCAUGGCAUCACCAUCCCACCACAUGCCCGGUCUGCAACUCCGUCAUUGUGCACAGAGAAAACAGAAGGGAAACGUGAUUUACCUAAAACAUACAUCACGCGAAAAGGGGCUCUCUUGUUGUUUUCGGCACCAGAUGAUGAUCCAAAGAAAGUGACGUCAAGGUCACCAAGGUCUAUUAAACGAACGAAAACAAGAGAAAUGAUCGAUUUAAGUUUAAAAUUGGGAACACUGGAGCGACUGUCACUGUCUGUACUGCAAUAUGGAGAAGAGGACUACGACCGAGACUCGACGAGUAUUUCUGAUAAAAACAACCAGCUCUUUAUGAAGUUUCUACGCAAGACUCAGACUGAAGACAUUCACUCUCAACCGGGCGGUGACCUCCGGUUCUACCUCCGUGACCUCAAAUCGAGGGCCAGUGGUCGGUUUUAUGGAUCUAAUGAGUCAUGGAGUCCAAAAUCUCAGGAAUUACGGGACAUUUUGCGAGAAUUGGAAGAGGUGUGGCAGAGUUUGGGGAAACCUGGAACGAAGGAGGUCUCUUCAGAAAGUGUGAGGUCAGGUUCGCGACAGAGAGUGUUGUCCAGUAAGAAGCUAACAGAUUCACUGAAGUCAGGGACAUACCUCGGUCGACCUUUCUCUGCAGUCUCGAGUGCGUCUCAAACGGACGUCGAGGAGAUCCCGGCUAACCUGUCAGACAUCGGGUCGCGCCCAAGUUCACGGUCCCGCCCGAGUUCGCAGUCUCACUCCCGGUCCACACACUCCAGGUCGGGGGUGUGGGUGAAGGCGGGCUCCAUCAGCGAUACCACAACACCACCCAUGACCACAGCCUCACAGAAACACGGGAGCGAAAGAUCACGCAGCGCCAAAUCAACUCGGAGUCGAGGCAACACUUCACCAUUCAUUGAGGAUGACAGCACAAGUGCCGACCAAACAGCAGGUGAAGAAGACAGCUGGGUGCAGAGUGUCCACGUUGCUGUAGAUGUUAAAGCUGGAUCGCGUAGAAGCAGUGUAUCGAAAGAGGAAGUCUCAUCAGGUGCCACACAUCCAUUAAAACCACAGUACAUGGGAACACUUGAUGAUUUACUUGAUGACACAUUAUCGGGGACCAAUCAGUUAAGUGUUUCUGACAACGAGCAAUUUAGUACAACGGAAAACGAAUUGUCAAUAGACGACCAAACAUGGCUGCAGAAAAUGUACCGUGCCCGAGAGUUCUCUCCCCUUUCCACUCCAUCUUCACUAUCAAGAUCCCUGUCACCACCGAUUUGCCAAACGUUCAUACGGGACGCAGUUCACAAGAUUGCUGAUGAAACCAUUGAUGGAGACCGAUCUUUACUUUCUGAAACACAGCAAGAGCAGACUCGUGUCUCUGGCCAAGCUUCCAUCUUAGAUGAUAAAGAUACAUCUGAACUGGAUGACCAGGGAAGGAUAACAGAGUUAGACCAGCAAGAUUCACUAUCCAAAUCAGAAUCUAUUCCGGAAGACAAAUCACAAGCUGCCAAAUCAGAAUCUAUUCUAGAUGAUGGAUCACAAGCUGCCAAAUCAGAGUCUAUUCCAGAUGACAGAUCACAAGCUGCCAAAUCAGAGUCUAUACCAGAUGAUGGAUCACAAGCUGCCAAAUCAGACCAAGACAAAGCAGCAGAGAGUGGCAUGGAGGAAGGAUUAGUCGAGUCUGAGGUAUGUGGUGACUCUCAAGAUCUCCGCGAGGAGCUUCAGGAGGAAGAAAAGGAUGAAGGACUCGGAUAUGAUGACCUGGAGAGGAAGAAAGCAGACAGUACCAAAUCUGAGAUCCUUGAAGAACCGUCUGAAGAAGGAUCUCCACAGGUCUCUGAUGGCAUUGGCACAGAACAAGGAUAUCCACAGUUUUCUGAUGGGCUUAGCAUUGAACAAGGAUAUCCACAGGUCUCUGAUCGACUUGGCACCGAACAAAAGACUGCAGUGUCUGAAUAUGCUUAUAAAAAACUGGAUGACCUUGGGCCAAUAUCGGAGGAAGAUGAAAGCACAGUGCCUCAGACAUUGGUGGAGAAAGAUGCUGAUUCGUUAUCCAAAGAAAGGAAAAUGAAAACGCCAACGUCAGAACUUGAGCAGGAUGUUUCUGUUCCAGUUACUGAUGAUAAGCAAAAGGUGAAGAAUGACAGGAAGGCAUUACCUCAAAAGAAGAUGGAUGAACCGGUUGUAAAGAAGAGAGUAUCUAUUGCUGAAACGGAUAAAUCGAAGCCUCUUUCACCCAAACAAAGAGAAACAACUGCGUCACACAAGGCACAAGAGCAGCAAAACGAAGUCAAAGUAUUGGAACCAAAACCGCCAGUAAGCAAGAGCCAUGGACAAAAGAGUCCUCCUCCAAGGGGAGGUAAAUUUGACAGAAAGCCUGAAGUCAAACCAAGGACUGGUGUCAAGUCUUUUGUGAAAGCUCUUGACAUCUCUUCUGUUCAGCACGAUGAGGACACAGGACAGAAGUCUCCUAAAGCUGACCUGAAACCUGAAAAGCCGCACCAUCCGAAGAAGCCUCCUGCGCGUCACGUGGAGACCAAGUCAGACAAGACUAAAGCUGAUGUGCUGCCAGAACAUAUGGCCGAUGUCAUACACAGACGAAGUGCAUCAGAAUCGACUCAGGAGCUAGAAGAAGAAAUACGCAGAAUGCAGGAAGUAAUAAGUGGAGCCCUGACCGACCCGACACAGGAGACAGAAUGUGGCGAGGGUCUGUCUAAAGAAGAGUUACUGCUGGCUGAGGAAGCACUGCAGGAGAGAAUGAAAGAUGCCAAAGAAUGUAUGGAGAAUGUGAUAACGAAAAAGCAACCCCAGAAGCCUGAGAAGACGAAGAUGAAGCAAGUGUCGGGAAAGAGGGGGCGGAGGAAGGCGGCCCAGCCCACAGAAGACGAGAAGAGAGACAUACGCAAAGAAAGGGAGGCAAUCAAGGAGAGACAGCGAAUGGAGAAGCUGAGACGUCUGGAGGAGGCCCUUCAGCUUCAGGAAAAGAUUGCCAGCAAGGAGGUAGAACGAAGAAACAAGGAAGAGGAAACCAUGAGAAAAGCUCAGGAAAUCCAAGAACAAAUGGAAGCACUUGAGCAGGAAGCUGCCGAGAUCCGCCAAGCCGAAGAAGAUGCUCAUGAACAGUUACAGCUAGCGCGUCGGGCGGAUCGCGAGGAGAGGGAGCGGAGGAGGAAGGAAGACCUCGAGAGGAAGAAGCAGCGGGCUAUGGCACGGCGUGAGAAACAGAAGGCCAUGAUGGCGGAGGCGCGCCGGAAGGAACAGGAGAUGUUGAUGCAGAUCACCGACUCAGAAAUGAAGUUGCAGCUGGAGGAGGAAGACAUGGUCAAGAUGGAGGAGGAGGAGAUGAUGAUGCAGGAUGUGUUCGAGGAAGAAUUACGACAAGCCCAGCUCGCGGCAGAAGAAGAAGAACAGCGAAUGAGAGAACUUGAGAAAGAGGCCGAGGAAGAAGCGAUGCGUCGACUCGUGGACGAAAGAGAGAGGGCUGAGCGAGAGAAAUGGGCAUUGGCAGAGCAACAGCGCCAGUUGGAAGAAGAAUCGAGAAGAAAACAAGAGUUGUUGCUUGAAGAAGAGAGGAGACUGGAACAAGAGAGAAGGAGAAAGUUGGAAGAAGAAGAAAUUAUGAGAGCAGAAGAAAGGAAGAGAUUGAUAGAGCUACAAAGAAUGGAGGCUGAAGCGCGUGAAAACAUGAAGCAAGAGAUUGAGCGCCGACGUGAAUGGGUGCUAAUGCGGAGAGAGAAAAACAUGGAGCGACGGUCACACCUGGACAAGAUCCGACACGGCCAGGGAAUUACCAAACCCUGGGUGUUCUCCUACUUCAUCAAGUGGCCACGUGAGAACUACAACAAACGAAUGGGUGAAGAUCCUAAGAAGAAGCCAGGAUUCCGUCAGAAGCCUAAGGCACUCGUUGAUGAGACAGGGGCAUCAGUUGCCGCAGGGGAGUCGGCUACCACAGUGGAGUCAGCUACCACAGUCGACGUUUCAGUCAAAUAAAACAAUUUGAUGAUGCACAAAGCAGUUAUAUUUACAGCUAAACAUUUAUGAAGUGUCAGGGGUGAAAUAAAGUUAAUUUGUUGUAUGUACAUGAUGUAAUCAUAGUGAAUAUGUAAUACACGUGUUUGGAAAAGCAAACAUGUUGCACUGUUAAGUAAAUUUUUUAUUACUCAUGGAGAGAAGAGGACUUAGGAAGUUUAGGGAUACGUUCCGUCUUCGUUUUAUAUUAGUAGUACUUUACCAGUCUGGGAUAGAAAUAUGUAGAAUGUUUCGUUAGUCUACUGGACAAGUACAUCGAUAAUCUACUCUGCCAGUAUCUUUUUUUUUCUCUCCAAAUAAAGUAGACGGAGGUACAUGUUGCUUGUCUGAGCAGAUUUUCACAUGUUAGGAACUAAUGGACUAAUGUUUAUUUGAACACUGACAGUAGAUAAUGGACAAUGGAAUGUAAUUUGGUUUAAAGCAUUAUCUUAAAUCAAAUGAUGCCCCCCCCCCCCCCCCAAAAAAAAAAACCUAAAUUAUUUCGUCUCUAUAUAAACCCACUCCCACCCUUUUAAAAAAAACAGCUAAAUAUUAUUUAACAAAAAAAUCAAAAUAAAUUAUUGAUCUCUACACUCCCCAUUAAAAAGGACGAAAUAUUAUUUAUUAAAAAAAACCCCUAAAUUAUUUCAUCUCUACAUGAAGAAAAUGACUAAAGAUUAAUUAUUAUUGGCAUCGGUGUUUGACAUGAAACUCACAUGUGUUAACAGUCAUUGCAAGAUGGUCUGAAACAGUUAUAAAUGAUCAUACAUCUCUGCCCAGCAUUUGGAACAAGCACUUGUCUGCUCUAAAACAAGUGAAAAUCUGCUCAGCAAAGGUAAACUUUCUUGACAAGUAAAUAUUUUAGCUGAUAAGUAGAUUUAUAGUCUAGUGAAAAUAUUCUGCUUAUUUAUGUCAUCUGUCAGUAUCUGACUACAGGGUCAAGCUGUCAGUAUCUGACUACAGGGUCAAGCUGUCAGUAUCUGACUACAGGGUCAAGCUGUCAGUAUCUGACUACAGGGUCAAGCUGUCAGUAUCUGACUACAGGGUCAAGCUGUCAGUAUCUGACUACAGGGUCAAGUGCAUUUGUACUAAGCUUUAUGAUCAUCUAAUCGGUACAUUUAUGUGCAAAGAUGGAUUUUUUCUUCAUAAAAUUUCAUCAGUUUUCCGAUAUUGUUUUUAAUAAAAUCCCUAAAAUUAAAAAAGAAAGAAAAGAAGACUAAAUAGAGAUUAUAUAAAUAGCAAAAUCUUCUUACAAGAUAAAGAAUCAUUUCUUCUUCUUUGGUAUCUGUCAAUUUCGAGAUUCCUAAAUAGUCCUAGCAUUAUGAUUAUCAUAAUAUUUACAUGUAUGUGGAUUCAUUAGCAUCAUAGGACCAUGGAUUAUGUUGCAGAUAUUGAGAUGUUCCCAAAAUGUUAUGGGAUUAUUGAGAAAUUAUGAAUGUCAGCUAGCUCUACUGAAUAGAAAUACUACCAUACAUGUAUAGCUUUGUUCUUUAAGAAUGUUGAUAGGCCAAACAUUAUGUAUUAUACAGUGAAACCUCUCAAAACCGGACCCUCCGUAAACCGGAAUUCCCUCAAAACUGGACGUUUAUCGAAGCGCCGUUUUAGAUGUCUGUACAGAAGAGAACCUCUCUAAACCAGAUACCUCUUAUAACCAGACUUUUUACUUGCUUGAUAGGGUGUCCAGUUUCGAGGAGUUUCACUGGAUUUAAUUUUAUAGUCGCCUACCUAAAUGUAUUUUUUAACUGUUUCCUUUGCCAAAUAUAUGUCUGUGAUAUUUAAAAAAUAUAUUUAGUAUUAUAUAUUAACAUUGAUUUAUUAGCACGUAAUUAGGUAUUACACAGGAAUGUGAUUUUCUAGCUGGGUUUUUUUUCUCUAAUUUCAAGGUUUUUUGGCAUAAAAUAAUGUUUAUACAUGUAUAAUUAAAACUGGAUUAGAUUGAAAUGGCGAAAAAUAACCUACUAUAAUUAUGCUAUAGAAAAUUCAGAGCACAUUUUGAAUGAUUUUAUUUUAUAGCUUUUAUUUUUAAUUAAGUAUUACAUACCUGGGCAUGUUUUAUAUUAAUUUAUAUAAGAUGAGGGAAGGUGAAUCAAGGAUUUUAAUACUUUCUCUCUUUUUUUGGUUAAAAUUGCCAGUAUGUACUUUUUUCUAUCAUCUAUUAUACAUAAGCAUUUAUGGCUUUGAGCAUAAUAUAUAUAUACUGCAAUAUACUGUACUUUUUAUUGUUAUAUUUUUAUACUGUCUGUUGUUAAGUUGUUAGUGUAAUCUUCUUGCUGCAAUAGUGUUUUGUUAUUAUUUUUAAUUUGCUUCACACUGUUUUAUGGUAUUUCAUAGUGUCGCAUAGGGAAAAUAAGUUAUUUGUGAAAAAAUAUUUUAACAUUAAGUGCCAACAUCAGGGGCCUAAUUCACUAAACUCUUGCAACUUUGUGAUCUCGCAAUGCAAUGCUAAAAGACUUACAAAGAGGAUGCUUUGUUGUCUAGCAAAGCCUAAGAGAUCUUUAUGAAUUGGGCCCCAGGUCUACUUGUAGCAAAUGUUUCCAUUGAACUUUAAGCAGUUACUGUCAAACUUCAAUGGGCAAAAUUAAUUAAGGUAAUUACGAUCAGGUGCAGAAGAUAAGGUGCACUGAACUGAAACUACCAAGUAUUUUUUGUAAGGUCAUCUUAAAAUAAUUAUUGUAAUGCACGUCAAUAUGUAUAUAAAGGUUUUUUCAUGAUUCCACCAUUUUAAAAAAAAAAUUGAGAAAAAUUAUGUUUUAAACAAAAGAUGUACAUGUUAAAGGUAUGGUUGCAUACCAUUUGACCUACUAAAGGCAGAGCGAUUUGAAAUGUGCAUCAUUUGUACAUUCCUCAUUUACCCUUUCACUCCUAGUUUUUAUAUAGCCCGAGCUGAAGGCUCAAUAUAUUUUCAGGUAAUGUUUGAUUGGGUCAUUAUUUGUGCAACCCUGCUUUUAAGUAUGUGCUUCUUUACCUCUUUAAUUGGAAUCAUCAAGUUUUCAAAUGUAAGAAUUAUGUAUAAAAUUACAUUAGAUCUUCAAUCUUUCAUUUAAUGUCGAUCAUGAAAAUUUAUUUUCAGGAAUGCAAUGAUUUUCAUUUUUGGAUUUUCAUUCGUGGAGUACUUUAACAUUUUUCAGUAUGUUUCAUGCAUGUUUUUUAUUUUAUUUUAUGAAACAGUCUGUGAUGUGCUUAGUUUUCAGUACCAAAAUAAAAUAUUUAAAAUACAGUAUCAGUUACAAAAUGUCUGCUCACUUUAUAUUGUAUUGUUUAAAUGAACACAUUAUACAUGUAGUUAUAGAAGAUUAAAUUGUUGCUUUACUAAA